CGCUCCGAUACCCGCGCUAGCGCCCGUGAUGAGCACGGUCUUGCCGACCAAGCGAGUUGCGUUGAAGACUGACAUUCUGCGACAAGAGAUGGCUGCUUUGACGAUACGCCUAUGUAGCUGCAAGGCCUGUGGGAAGAAGGGGAGCCGCAGGCGAGUCACUUUUAGAGGGCCCUAUCAGUGAUCAUCCCGGAUGCGCAUGUGCCUCUUGGCGGACCAACGAAUGCUCACCGUGCAUUGCGUGCUGCGAGUUCCGGGACCCUUGUAGCUCACAAAGUCUGCUCAAAAGGCACCUCUGUGGAUUACUCUACGUUACACACCAGGUGAACAACGUCCCCGGCGGCAGCCCGACGAUUUCAGACAAGAUAACGCGAUGGUGGCUGGUGUAAACGCGCCAUGGCUGAGACGAACUACUCGCACGACGAUGCUUUUUCCGACGAUCAACGCUGGCACCGUCUGCUAUGCUGGCUAAGGGAUGCGCACGGGACGGAUAUUGGAACAGAGCGAAUGCUCGUCAAAUAUGGGAGUGUCGAAGGUGCAGGGAGAGGUCUUUUCGCUUCGAAGAGCUGUCUGCCCUCAACUACUCUCUUCACUAUUCCUGCGAAGGCUCUCAUCAAUGUUGACACACUCGGCCCCAUGUAUAUCUCCUCGAGGCGGGGACAAAUGCUGACAGCUACACAACUUAUUUCGCUGCAUCUCUUCUUACAUAAACCUCGCGAGGAUGAGGACUCUCUGGACCCAGCAUUCGGGCCGUACAUCUCAACGAUGCCACGAAACUUCGAUAGCCACCCUCUAAGCUGGCUCGUCAAGUCGAAGCAAUCGCAGCCACAGAUGCCAGAAACACUGCUGCUAGAAACUCUCCCACCGAGUGUCACGGCAGCACUGACUAGCUUGUACAACCGCUUUGAACUGGAUCAGAGAGCUGUGCGCAUACAUUUGCGCAAAUACCCUCAACCAGCGGCCCAGUCCUCGCGUCCGGGUUUCUCUUCGGGAUCGAUGGGUGGAAACGCGUUCGUUAUGGACUACCUGUGGGCUUGGCUUAAUGUAAAUUCACGCUGCAUCUACUAUCCUGUGAGACAUCCGAGCUGUACCGAAGACCACCUGACGCUUUGUCCAGUCCUUGACUUCGCCAAUCAUUGUUCAAACAACUCACAGGUUAUUCCUGUGAUGCCGGAAAGAUCAAAAGCCCCUUCCAGCACUCGAGGAAACCCGGACGACUUCAUUUUCCGUUGCUCUGAUGACAACGGCAUUGAGCAGGGACAGCAGUUGUUCCUGAGAUACGGCGGACAUGCAAACAGGACGCUCUUUGUCGAGUAUGGCUUUGUGGUCCCUUUCCAACCGACUGAAAUAGUCACUGGCGGUUUUCGCGGGGAGAUCGACGUGCAAGAUCUUGUAGAGGACCUUUUCUCAAAUAGCCGAUUUGGACGUCCGCUCAGGACGAUCCUUGAAGACGAGGGGUAUUGGGGUGAAUGGACACUUGACUCGGCUCCUCCUCCUGCGCAUCCUUCGUACCGCCUCAUCACAGCUUUGCGCCUCUACCACCUUAUGGAAGAUUCGCAUUUCUCCGUGCAAGACAACUUGAUACGACCCUGGAAAGACGUAGUAAACGGCCAUCGUGAUAUAAUCUCCGCAGAAAACGAGAUUCGUUGGAGGCAAUCUCUUCUUGGCAUCUGCGACAACUUGGCAAAGAGGGCUAAGACUGGCUUACGCGAUGCAAGCAGCAAUCUUGACCAUGGCGACGGCUGCUACGAGUGGGCGAGAGGGAAUAUACUGUGCUUAUGGCGAGAGGAACUUGAGAUUGCGGCCGCUGUGAAACGUAGCGUACAGGCUGGAGAAGAGUUUUAACUCGUCGCAUAUCAUAAACAGUCUGCAAUCUGUUAUAUCAUCAUGUGUCACCGAGACGGUAAUCGCGAAUGCGCCAUUCGGUAAGCCAGGAGCAAAAUAUGCAUAACGUGUACCGCGAGGUGCAAGCGAAGCACCAAUUGCUUCCUAGCGAGAAGCCAUGAGCGCCGCCAUGCGUCACGUUGGAUCGGGCCUCAGGGCCAAUUAUAGGCUCGACUGGUCAUUCAACGGCGAGGCAGUGAGUACCAGACUCGGCACGGGCGACGAUGCUGACGCACAUAGCUCAAGGGGGGACGGAAUCCAAAUAGACGAAUUGCCAGACCCCACAUGUACAAGGAGACAAGACCGUGA